ACUACAGCAUGAGUGUUACUCGCGCAUUGCACGCUGGGAAGCCCUUUCUCUACGAGGCCAUCUUGGUGUGAUCAGGAGGUUGGCCAGAUCGGACUAAUCAGUGAAAAUGGUGGCAGCAAAGAAAGCGAAAAAGUCCUUGGAGUCCAUCAACUCCAGACUGCAGCUUGUAAUGAAGAGCGGUAAAUACGUUCUUGGAUACAAACAGUCCCAGAAGAUGAUCCGGCAAGGCAAAGCCAAACUAGUAAUCCUGGCUAACAACUGCCCUGCUCUGAGGAAAUCUGAAAUCGAGUACUACGCUAUGUUGGCCAAAACUGGAGUCCAUCAUUACAGUGGAAACAAUAUUGAGCUCGGUACAGCCUGUGGUAAAUACUACAGGGUGUGCACACUGGCGAUCAUUGACCCUGGUGAUUCUGACAUCAUCAGAAGCAUGCCAGACCAGCAGCAGGGGGAGAAGUAGAGCCAUUCCACCAGAUGUUAUUACAAAUAAAGUGAUUAAAACGGUCA